GACUUCUCAUUACAAAGAGGAAGCAAAUGGUUACAAAUCACAGGGAGCACAUUCUUCUUUUUUUCAGGUCGGGCGUAAUGGCAGAGAUGAAAGGGCAGACAUAUAUCUAUAGCACCAUGGCUGGAUUCAGAUGCAUUAAAAUGCUUGCAUUUCCGCUUCUGGCUCUACAUCUUACAGUAGCAGUAAGUCAAGUCUUAGUCGUAAGAAAUGGAGAUGAAGCUUCUCUGCCUUGUCGGAGUGUGAAUGAGGCUCAGCAUGUAUGUGACAGAAGUGACUGGCUCUUCUUGAGUCCAGGAAGCAGCAACACAGCAACACUAUUUCAGCUUGGACACGUUCAAAGAAAUGUAGACAGGCUGAGUGUCACAGCGAACUGUUCUCUGGUGAUUAAGAACACCACAGCUGAGGAUGUUGGUUUCUACACCUGCCGAACUUUCUACCAACCUGGAAACAGACAAAAAUACAAAGAUGCUAAUGUUAAUCUGUUUCUUGUCAACAUGGCCAAACAUGAGGACAACGAGCGGGUGGAGUUGUCCUGCUCUCUAAGAGCCAAUCGGGAUCGUCACAUCACACUGAAGUGGCAGUAUGACGGUGAAACUGUGGGGGACGAUGACAACAUGGUGACACAAGACGUCUCCUCAGUGGCUGUGACAUUUCCUGCCAAUGGCAAUCAGAAAUCAGAGUUAUUCAAGUGUUACUUAAAAGAUGAACACACUGAAAUGGUAUUCAUCUUCAGCUAUCCAUCGUCAGGAAAAGAUGCAACAACAGCGUCAACAACAACAACAACAACAAGAUCAGUUGAUAAAAGGUCCAGGACCAACCUCACAGCUCCUGAUUUCACAAAACCUCUACAAUUAGGUUGGUGGUUAGUGGUGGUUGUGGGUUCAGUAGCACUCCUCACUGUGGUUGCGGUGGUUGUGGUGGUUGUGGUUGUAAGAUAUAAACGAACUAAAGGGGAAAAAGUACAAGUGGAUGACAAUGCAGCCGACCCUGAAGAAGGCGUUUCCUACGCCUCCAUCAGCUUCACCAAGAAGACCGACAGUAAAGUCCUGCUACCAGUUCAUGAUGAUGAUGCAGGUGAUGCAGUGACCUACAGCACCUUGAAACUGUCGUCCUCUUCUAGAGGAGUCUGUGCUGAUCCCAGCGACGUCUACGCGACCAUCAACAAAGGAGUCAGAUAAGGAAGAAGCGUUACCAGAGAACCGACAUUGGAUAUGGAUGUUUUUCAGAAAACUAAAACUGUACCAAGCAAGAAAAACUGGAAAUUUAUUUAAACUAUGUUUAUUUUAAAAACAUAGCAGAAAGUAACACUUUGUAACCUUGAAAUCUAGAUUCUUGACCUGAAUACGUGUUGUAGUGUCUCACACAAAAAAAGCUAGUGUCAGUCUGACACUUCUAAUCUGCAGCUCCCACUCGGUAAAACCUCACCCUCAUGGUGCGUUCACUGUUGUAAGGACGUCUUUUCUCCAGGAGAGGGCGUAGUAGGUUAUGUAGUAUGUCAGUAGUCAGAAGUCUCCUUUAUGUGUUUACAGACUGCGUUCAGUAGAUUACAUUAGGUCAUUCAUUCCUGCUGAUGUUAAUAUAUUUUGUACGAAAUAAAAUCUUCAGUUCGUCUUUUUCUGUUUAAAGGUGCAGAGUGAAAAGCUGUCCUCACUGCAGCCAAACUUUUUAAAUGUCAUUUUUAAGAUACCAAAUGCUUUCUGUAUAAAUAAAAGGCAGGGAUUUGAUGUGCCCAAAUUACG